AUGCAGCCCUCCCCUCGGUUGUUAUGCACGGCUACUAAACAAAAGAAGAAUGGCCAGAACUUGGAAGAGGACGUGGGUCACAAUGAACAGAAGACAGAUCCUCCCUCUACAGAGGAGAUACUCAUGGAAGAGAAGGUCAAGUUAGAGGAGCAGCUAAAGGAGACAAUGGAGAAAUAUAACCGAGCUUUGGCAGAUAGUGAGAACUUGCGGCAGAGGAGCCAAAAAUUGGUGGAGGAGGCAAAAUUAUAUGGCAUUCAGGGCUUCUGCAAGGACUUGUUAGAGGUUGCAGACAUUUUGGAGAAGGCAACACAGUGUGUUCCAAAAGAAGAGAUUAAAGACGACAAUCCCCACCUGAAGAUCCUCUACGAGAGGCUCGUAAUGACUGAAGUCCAGAUCCAGAAGGUGUUCACAAAGCACAGCUUACUCAGGCCAAACCCUCUAGGGGCCAAGUUUGACCCUUACGAACAUGAGGCAUUGUUCCACACCCCUGUUGAGGGCAAAGAGCCGGCAUGGCUGCGCUAG